CUUGAGGCUCGACGUUAGUAUGCGCUAUACUCAGUACAGACUAGCUCUAUAUUCAUCCUUAGGAUCAACCAACAGCUCUCAUGACUUUACUUGUGCACCCCGACUUCAGUUGCCCUUCUCGCCCCGGAAUCGUAGCGCAAUGACAAGCAUAGACGACCUUUUCAGAAGCGCCACCGCCUCGGGAAAACGCAAAUUCGAAAACCCCAGCGAAGCUGACCCAACGAACGCCUACAAAUCCGCAAAGCUAUCCUCCAACAGCGACGCGAAGCGCGCCUUGCAUGCCUCGGCAUCUGACGAGCAAGAUGAAGACGACGAAGAUGAAGCAGGACCCUCGCUACCCCCCGAUCUCGAAAGCGACGGUGAUGGUGACGACGAAGAAGGGCGGUUCUUCGGUGGGGGCAUAGAUGAGGAUGCGAAGGACGCCAUGGACUAUCUGGAUGCUCAAGAUGGUGAAGAUGCGAUUGGAGAGGAGAAAUACGAUCUUUCAUGGUUGCGCAGAUUGGCACUCAAUUUUGAGAAGAAAGUAAAUAAGAAUGCGUCAUUGCGCGCGAAAUACGAGGACGAUCCAUCGAAAUUCAUGGAGUCUGAGGGUGACCUCGACGAAGCUAUAAAGGGUCUGAGCAUACUUUCAGAGCAUUCGGAGCUCUACGAGGAAUUCGCAAAGAACGCUGCGGCGACGAAAUUGGUGGAGCUGCUCGCGCACGAAAAUACAGACAUCGCCAUUGCAGCCAUUGAAAUUAUUUCAGAGCUCACAGACGAGGAUGUGGAAGCUGAGCAGGAGCAGUGGGAUUCACUUGUGGGAGCAUUCCUUGAAGCUGAUCUCUUGAGCUUGCUGAUUUCAAACUUUGGCCGGUUUGACGAAAGCGACGAGGGUGACGCUUCAGGCGUAUACCACUCGCUCAACGUGCUCGAGAACUUGCUCUCGCAGCCCACGCACACUGACGCCAUUGGUAAGGAGACAAAACUCCUCACUUGGCUACUGAACCGCAUUCAAGAGAAGGAAAACUCUACGACGCAAAACAAGCUGUAUGCUUCCGAGAUCCUAUCCAUCCUCACGCAAUCUUCGCGCCCGAACCGCACACUCAUCAUCACCGCAAACGGUGUCGAGAUCCUCAUGACCCAGCUCGCCCCAUACCGAAAAGACGACCCAGAAAAGGAGAGCACGGAACAAGAGUACAUGGAGAACCUUUUCAAUUGUCUCACCUCGCUCGUCGACGAACCAGAAGGCAAGGCUAAGUUCCUUGAAGCAGAGGGUGUGGAGCUGUGUCUACUCAUGGUCCGCGAUGGCAAGACGUCCAAAUCGCGCGCUCUGAAAGUGCUGGACCAUGCAUGCGGGUACGCCGAAUCCACCGCCUCGCCUCCAUCACAAACACACCCCAACGGCAAAUCCGCCACAGACGAAGACCCAUCCACAAAUACAUCUACGAUCAACAUCGCCGCUCCUGUCUGCGACAAACUCGUGACAUCCCGUGGCUUAAAACCCAUCUUCACAACCUUCUCCGCCAAGCCGUCCAAAAAGAAUAACAGUAGCCACCACGGCAGCGGCAGUGACGAAGCUCAAACUACCGAGCACAUCCUCGGCAUCUUCGCGUCCCUCCUCCGCUCCCUCCCCGCAAACACAGACUCCCGCUAUCGCGUCCUCGCCAAAUUUCUUGAAAAAGACUACGCGAAGAUCGAUAGACUUGUUGCGCUGCGCCGCGACUACGCGGCACGUGUCGCUACCUUUGAUGCGCGGCUUAAUGAGCGGAAACGCGGGUUGAGUGCGGAGGAGAAAGAGGAGCUUGAUGUGGCAAGUAUUGCGGAUCGUUUGGAUGAGGGGCUGUAUUGUCUCGAAAGGGUCGAUGCUGUGCUUGCGUGGUUGGUGGCUGAGGACGAUGGCGCGAAUGCUGCUAUUGUGAGUAAGCUCGCGGAGAGAGACGAAGGAUUGGCCGAUGUCAGGAACACGUUGAAGGCGCAGCUUGAUGGUGUUUUGGAGGUUGAAGGGGCGGAGAGGGAGAUGUUGGAGACAUUAGUUGAGUUUUUGAGGUGA